AUGGGUAUUAAGCACCUCUACCAGCUCAUCGAUGAGCAUACACCAGAGGCAGUCAAGAAAGGCGAGAUCAAGAACCAGUUUGGUCGCAAGGUCGCUAUAGAUGCAUCUAUGAGCAUCUACAGUUUUCUCAUCGCAGUCCGCUCCGAUGGCCAGCAACUCAUGAACGAAACGGGCGAGACCACAUCACAUCUCAUGGGUCUGUUCUACCGCACAAUGCGCAUGGUCGACAAUGGCAUCAAACCCCUUUACGUCUUUGACGGUGCUCCACCUAAGCUCAAAUCCGGCGAGCUUGCAAAGCGAUUCCAGCGCAAGACUGAAGCACAGGCUGCAGCAGAGGAAGCAAAGGAGACGGGCACGGCUGAAGAUGUCGAGAAGUUUUCACGACGAACGGUCAGGGUGACAAAAGAACACAAUGCGGAGUGUCAACGGUUGCUCAAGCUCAUGGGCAUCCCGUAUAUUGUUGCACCAACUGAGGCUGAGGCCCAAUGUGCUGCGCUGGCUAAGGGAGGAAAGGUGUAUGCUGCUGCAUCAGAGGAUAUGGAUACAUUGACUUUUGCAUCGCCAAUUCUGCUACGACACUUGACCUUUAGCGAGCAGCGCAAGGAGCCCAUUCUAGAAAUACAUCUAGACAAGGUACUUGAGGGUCUGGAAAUGGACCAGAAACAGUUCAUCGACUUGUGUAUCCUCCUUGGCUGCGAUUACCUCGACCCCAUCAAGGGCAUCGGUCCCAGCACUGCUCUCAAGCUCAUCCGCGAGCACAAGGAUCUCGAGGGUGUAGUCGAGCACAUCAAAUCACAAUCUUCCAAGAAACUCACCAUUCCCGACGACUGGCCGUUUGCCGAUGCACGACUUCUCUUCCUCGAGCCCGACGUACUACCUGCCGACGCUCCAGAAUGUGACUUCAAGUGGGAAGCACCAGAUAUAGAGGGACUGGUCAAGUUUUUGGUAGAAGAGAAACAUUUCAACGAGGACAGAGUACGAAAUGGAGCGGCCAAGCUGCAAAAAAACAUGAAGACGGCACAGCAAAGUAGGCUGGAGGGUUUCUUCAAGCCGAUUGAGAAGACCGCCGAGGAAAAGGCUACCCUAAAGCGCAAAGCCGACGAAAAACUUGAGCUCAAGAAGAAGAAGCAAAAGGAGACUGCAAAGGCGAAGAAGGAGGCGAAGUCCAAGCCGAGGACUGCUGGUUAA